AUGGAUGAAUGGGAUCUAUUGGAUGAGGUUGACGUGAUUGCUCUUUGGCCUAAUGAGCACAAAAAGAACGUCGAGUCGGCGAAAUGGCAGGAACGAAAAGAGGCACUAGAGGUAUUAUCGAAUCUACUCGAGAAAAAUCCUCGAUUAUCAACCGCAUCGAUGACUAUUUAUGGAGAGCUGAUGGAUAAUUUAAAAAAGAUUAUUGCCCUUGAUAGUAACAUUAAUGUUGUCAUUGUUGCUUUACAAGUGGUUGCCAAGCUGGCCAACGGACUCAGAGACCGAUUUGGUUGCUUUGUCUCAAUGUUAUGGGCACCUAUUCUUGAUAAAUCUAAGGAUAAAAAGGUCACCGUUCGUACCGCAGUCGGUCAGGCUCUCGACGCUAUUUCGGAUGUGUGUGCUACUGAUCGUCUCACCAAGGAUCUGUGCGAACAUUUAUCCAAGCCUAAUCCUCAGUCGAGGAACUGGAUGUGCCUCGUGUGGUUUUUGAACGUCGCUAUUUCGAUUUGGCGAGCACAAUACUCCUGC